AUGGAUUUGAAUAUGAUUGAUCAGUCAAGAUUCCAGAUAGCCUUGUUGGGAUCUGGAUUUGUGGGGAAAAGUUCUUUUUUGAAGCAAUAUUUACAUGGUGGUUUUUCUGAUGACUACACGGAAACGGUUGAAAACCUAUACUUUCAACAAUAUAUGAUAAACGGAACAAUGAAAUAUGUCAAUUACUUAGAUACAGCCGGAAGUAUGGCAUUUCCUUCAAUGAGGCAACUUUAUGUUUCAAAAUCAACAGGCUUUAUUCUUUUCUUUUCAAUAGACGAUGCGGAAUCAUUUAAAAGUAUUAAACGGAUUUGGGAAGAAAUUAAGAUUAGCCGCCACUCUUUACGAAGUAUUCCUUGCAUCAUUGUUGGGAACAAACUAGCCAAUGAAGAUAAGAGAGAAGUGGAAACAUUCGAUGUUUUAGAAUGGGCUUGCAGUGAAAAUCUUGGGGGAUGUAUUCUUGAAAUUUCUUCUAAAGACAAUGCAAGUGUGAAAAAUGCUUUUGAUAUGUUAUUAGAGCAGUUUGGCAAUACAAGAACGGAACAUAGAGGACCAUUUCGAAUUCAUUCAACCAGUUUCGACAGACAAAACAACAAUUCAAAUAGACAUAAAGUCACUUAA